AUGUACAACCGCCGUCGCAGCACGAAGAACGUACAGACGACGCGUUUUUCUCUCCUGCUUCUGGAGGUCGGCGAAUGGUUUUUGGACGACCAUAGUGCGUGUCAGUAUUUAAAGUCAAGUGCUUGUACAUCAAAAAACGUACCUGGGCGGAUCAAAGUGUGUACGCGAGGACUAUUUUUUGUGCCUCACGACAUGCAAGUACCCAUUUUGCGGUUCCCAUUUCGCUUUAUGGAUUUUGAACCCAUGGCCGAAUGUUUUGUACAAUUGCUAUCUCCAUCGGAUACAUCAAAUAGUAAUGAUACAAAUACUGGACCGGUGAUAUACUUGACGUUCAAGACCCAGCAAGUACUGGCAAUGCGAGCGCGAGGCAUUGACCAUCCGUACAUUUGCCUAAAAACUACCAACAAUGUCGACGACACUAUCAACUGCAAUGCGCAAAGUAAGAGCAGCAACAAUUUAUUCUCCGGUGAGGACAAAGUGCCAGCCAAGUAUAUAUUCACGCUGCAGCAUGUGACUGUUGAGGCAUUCCUUGCCAGCAUUCACGUCAUCUACGAGGUAUCGACUUUUUCUUCACGGCGACGUUUGACUGCAGCGGAAGAAAACGCUUUUUUGGCUCCAGUGUUGACACCGAGGUUGACAAACAAAUUUGACCCGAGCUUGCUCGUUGAUUUUCGCGAAAUAUUAUUGAUGGAUAGAGGGUGCGUUGUAGACCGCAUUAAACCGUUGCUCAAGUUUCCUGGCUGCCUGAUGCUGACGACCGAGAGGGUGUACUUCCAGCCAGCUUUGCUGAACAAUGUGCUGGAUCCUGUGCUGAAGUGGGAGUAUACGGAUGUCGACCAGGUAUAUAACCGACGCUACCUUCUUCAGCAGACUGGGAUGGAGAUAUACUUGAGCAAUGGAGACAGUUUCUUCUUCUCCUUUCGAUCGCAGGCGGAGCGUGACGAUUUUUACACACUUCUGAUGGGACAACCAGACCUGCAACGUUGUUGCCGUAAGGACUUGCGGUAUAUGAUGCGUCGAUGGCAACAACGUGAAGUGUCGAAUUUUGAAUACUUACUUUUUUUGAACAAUGCCUCAGGCAGGACGCGCAACGAUCUGACACAGUAUCCUGUUUUUCCGUGGAUAUUGUGCGAUUACACAAGCCCAGAGCUUACUCUUGAUGACCCGAGGGUUUACAGAGAUCUGACGAAGCCGAUUGGAGCACUGAACGAGGAGCGUCUCGCGUAUUUCAAGGCGAGAUAUGAAGGCAUGCCUUCUGGUGUAGAAGCGGAAGGGAUGCCUCCUCCUUUUUUGUACGGGACGCACUAUUCCACUCCCGGUUACGUGCUCUAUUUCCUUCUGCGGGAGGUUCCGCAGUACAUGUUAUGCUUACAAAAUGGGAGGUUUGACGCGCCGGACCGUCUGUUUCAUAGCGUCAAAGUUACGUGGGACGGUUGUCUGUCGAAUCAUACGGAUGUUAAAGAACUUAUUCCCGAGUUCUUCGACUGCACAUAUCCAGCAGAUGGGUGGUUACGGAACAUAAAACACCUGGAUCUAGGAAGUAGGCAGAAUCGUGAUCGUGUCGAUGAUGUGGUGCUUCCGCCGUGGGCGCAUGGCAGUGCAACCGAGUUUGUACAAAAGAAUCGUGCGGCGCUUGAAAGCGACUACGUAUCAGAUCACUUGCACCACUGGAUUGACUUGAUAUUUGGUUACAAGCAACAGGGAAAGGAAGCUGUAAAGGCCAAUAACUUAUUUUACUAUUUAUCAUACGAGGGGUCGGUGGACGUACAAGCUGUCGAUGAUCCGGUGCAGAGGUGCUCAUUAGAAGCACAGAUUCAGGAAUUUGGACAGACGCCAAAGUUGUUGUUCUCUACACCCCAUCCGUCUCGAAACGAGAGUGACGUGGAGAUCGAGGUGGCUACCCCCGACUUGCUUGUAUCGCCACGAGUGCUGGUUCCUUCCGUUCGCAAAUCCCUUUCCCUCGAUAGCAUGUCCCAGUUUCAUGCUGUCCAUCGAAACAAAGGUACACGAAAUGCUUUCGAGAUCUACACUGAGUCCGAAGAUGAAGCGGAAGAAAGCUCAUCGCUAGGUUAUUAUCGUCAGAGUAAUCGCCGCCGAUACAGCCUCAUUUGUUUGCGGACUCCCUCAACUUGCUUUCCGAUCAAUACUGAAGGGGUCUCCGCCUACUUGCGUAGAACCACAAGAUCAGGCAUGGCAUGCAAAAAGUGGAAUUGGAGAUCCAGACUCCGAACGAAGUACAGCCUGUCCGCGUCGUGGGGUUGGAAGCAAGUUUCAGCCAGCCAGUUGCACGAAGGGGAAGUCACGAGCAUUGUUCUCUCCAAGGACGGCUCUUUUAUAUUAACAACCAGCAAGGACAGCUCACUGAAGAUAUCUACGACCAAGACUAUAACUCCGUUCCGCAGUUUGUCAGGCGAAUGUGCGCUUUCGUGCUGUGAUCUCUCCCCCGAUGAAGGCAUCGUGCUUUAUGGGUCAUGGGACAACAGCGUGUACAUGAUCUCAGCAACAACGGGGCUAGUGCUGGAUUCGGUAUUCGCACACUCCGACGGUAUCUCGGCAAUACGUGUCUUGCAAAAUCGCUUCUUGACAAGUUCGUGGGACUCCAGUAUUAAGCUCUGGAGUUAUACGACAAAGCACAUCCACGUCACACCCAUUCAAACCUUUCUGGACUGUGAAGAGUCCGUCUUGUGCUUGGCUGUCAGCACCAAUGAGCAAUUCGGUGCAGCAGGGACUCGAAAUGGGUCCGUCCGCGUGUUUGAUCUUGACGCCGCUGUGCUUUACAGCCACAGUCAAGUGGCUUUGAAAGAGCUUUCACACGGGAUUUCGUCAAUCUCGUUUGCCAAUGACAAUAAGUCGUAUGUAUGCGCCACCAUGCAGAGCGAGGUGCUUCAGUUGAACCUGCGCGGUGAAAAGCUAUGGAGCAUGGAGUUCCACACAGCAGGUCCAGUCCAGUGUUUUGACAGUGACGGUGACUAUGCCAUCGGUGGCACGAGUGCCGGCACCAUUGUGUUCUGGAAGUUGCAUGAAAAAGCUGGUACCGAGGUGGUCUUUGAACUCCCGCAAGCACACGAUGCGAGCAUCACUUGUCUAGCAGUUAGCUGGUCCGGCUCAAUGCUCGUGUCCGGCGCUCUUGACGGGUCAGUGCACGUCUGGAAACUCGAGAAGAAUUCGUCGGUACGUGAUACGGCACUCGUUCCUCUCGGUUGCUCUCGAGAGUCACCGAAACGGCAAGAUAGUGGCACAUCUACGUCCACUACUAGCACGUCAACAUCUCUGCAACUUCAACAUGCCAAGUCGAAGAGGAGACCGUAUCACCGUUUCGAUGGGCAGGAUGCUUUUCAUCCCAUUGUGCUACUUGCAGAAGCACAGGGCUGUCUCGGGUUCUAG